CCCACUUUCAGUAUUGUUCAGUGGUGGCACCGAUUUUUGCUUCGCGGGGCGGGCCCAAUGACUGUUCUUUGAAAGGGCAAGUGUUGAACACAGCGAUACCAAGAGCUUCAACUAUUUCCAGGUCCUUCCCAAGACACCAAAGCACCGUCUUCGCCCGUUUCCCACCUUUCUCUCGACUGGUCGAACUUCUCCCUCACAACAAAAACAAUACAUAUCCCGAGUUCGCCCCGCCUGGGAACGGCAAGCACAGUCAAGAUGUCGCUCUCCAACUGCAGAUUCUACGAGGAGAAGUACCCCGAAAUCGACUCCUUUGUGAUGGUGAACGUAAAACAGAUCGCCGAUAUGGGAGCCUAUGUCAAACUCCUCGAGUACGAUAACAUCGACGGCAUGAUCCUGCUUUCCGAACUCUCCAGACGGCGCAUCAGAUCGAUCCAGAAGCUCAUCCGCGUCGGUCGCAAUGAAGUUGUCGUUGUUCUCCGUGUCGACAAGGAGAAGGGGUAUAUCGAUCUUUCCAAGCGUCGCGUGUCGCCCGAGGAUAUCAUUCGUUGCGAGGAGCGCUACAACAAGUCCAAGAUUGUGCACUCCAUCAUGAGACACGUUGCUGAGAAGACCGAGACCCCCAUCGAGACCCUCUAUGAGACAAUAGGCUGGCCGCUCAACAAGAAAUACGGCCACUCGCUGGACGCCUUCAAGCUUUCUAUCACUAACCCUGAUGUCUGGAACGAUAUCCAGUUCCCCAGCACCCCGGUUGCCGAUGAGCUCAAGUCUUACAUUGGCAAGCGUCUUACCCCCCAGCCCACCAAGGUCCGUGCCGAUGUUGAGGUUACCUGCUUCGGUUAUGAGGGUAUCGAUGCCAUCAAGACUGCCCUCCGCACCGCUGAGGCCCGUAACACUGCCGAUACUCAGGUCAAGUGCAGACUUGUUUCUCCUCCUCUCUAUGUUCUUACCAACACGUGCCUGGACAAGAACGCAGGUAUCGCUCGGCUAGAGGAGGCCAUCGUGGACAUCCGCACAAGCAUCGAGGCGGCUGGCGGCCACCUGGUGGUCAAGAUGGAGCCCAAGGCCGUCACCGAGUCGGAUGAUGCCGAGCUCCAGGCUCUUAUGGAGAAGAGGGAGCGUGAGAACGCCGAGGUCAGCGGUGACGAGUCGGUCAGCGAGUCUGACGACAACAUCCCCGAGACGGUUUAAUGCAUACAUUGUUUAUGGGCAGGCGUUUUGGGGGACAAAAAGCCGUGGGCAUGAUAGAUACAUGGCUAUUCUCGAUGUCUCAUAGCGUUUUAAGAUGAAUGAUGAGGGUACAAAAGUGCCAGUAUACACAAAGAUCGAGCUGGGGGUUUAUGUCUGGCAGCGGAGGGUUUAGACAUGAAGAUUGGGGGGUGGUCAUUUGCUCUGUAAUUUGGUCAUGAAAAGCGGAUGAUGUAUUCAACGCCACCAUCUAGGAGAACAUGGCGAUGGGUGUGUUUUGACUUGUCGCAUGCA